UUUGGGGGAAGCCGCUCUGUCUGCAAGAAGCUAGUGAUACACGUACAGUAGCGGCUGUGGAUGGUGUUUAUUUCUGCCCCUGUGAUCGUCAAACCCGCUCAGAAGAAUGGAGGACCCGUGGGCUCAGUUUCAUCAGAUUAAAACGCCGAGGAGGAGGAGGAGGCGACCGGACGGCCACACUCUGCUCCCCUGAGACUCAACUUUGUCGGCUGAAGCAGCAACAACCAGUCAGCCUCACCAGGGACAGAUUUUUCCAUGAUUUUAUCGCUUGAGUAAAUAGAGAGACGACGUUUCGGCGUGGGAAGACGUCGCGUUUGGUCGGAGUUAAUCCUAUUCGCUGGAAGGUUUAAAAUAACUGCCGCCGCCACAAUGAGCGCUGAAAACUCAGACACCGACUCCAACAAGCUAGAGUCUGUGAUACAGAGAGUGGAGGAAAGCGUUUUGUCUGAGGAGAAGAGGCUGACUGUCCGGGGCCCUUCACCAGAUGCCCCCCCUACAUGUCUGCCAGCCCGAGUACGAGAGAUUGUCACAAAGAACCUCACAGACAGUGCAGCUGGGGCCAUGUCCUCGGUCAUGUCCAUCCAGGAGGAGAACCGGGUGCUGCAAGGAGAGCUGGCGAGGCUGGAGGACCUGCUGGCACACAGCCGAGCGGACCGGGAUGAGCUUGCCAUCAAGUACGGUGCAAUUAGUGAGAGGCUGGAGCAGGCGCUACGUUUUGAGACCGGAGAUGGAGACCUUGAUUCACCCGAGUCACGCAGCUUGGCGCAACAGAAUGUGGAUCUACGACGACGGCUGGAUGAGGAGCAGGCAGCAUACAAGCGAAAACUCACUGCAUACCAGGAGGGCCAGCAGAGGCAGGCGCAGCUUGUUCAAAAGUUGCAGGCUAAGGUGCUUCAGUACAAAAAGAGGUGUGGGGAUCUGGAGCAGAUGCUGCAGGAGAAGUCCUCAGAGGUGGAGAAACAAAGACCAACAAGUGAAGCAUCAAAUGGGAGCAAUCCAGAUGAAUCAUGCAGCAACCUGGAGGACGCUUUAAUCCGUCUGGAGGAAGAACAACAGAGAAGUAGCAGUCUCUCUGCGGUGAAUGCCAUGCUGAGGGAGCAGCUGGAGCAGGCUAGUUUGGCCAAUGAGGCGCUCAGCCAGGACAUUCGCAGGCUCACUGCUGAUUGGACCAAAGCCAGAGAGGAACUUGAGCAAAAAGAGUCCGAUUGGAGGAGAGAAGAGGAGUCUUUCCACAGUUAUUUCAGCAGGGAGCACAGCCGGCUGCUUACACUUUGGCGGCAAGUGGUUGGGUUUCGGAGGCAUAUCUGUGAAUUAAAGAGCGCCACAGAAAGGGAUUUGUCCGAUAUGCGUAAUGAACUCUCUCGGGCGGCGCACUCUGCCCAGGUGUGCUGUGCUGACGUGUCUGCUGCACUGCACAGUCGAGAGGGAGGAGCAGCUCUGGCCCUGGAAAGGGAGAAGGCUCUGCGGAUUCAGCUGGAGGAGCAGCUGAGAGAGCGAGUGUCGGAAAUGAUGAAUUUUCAAACCAGAACAGACUCAGAGAGGAGUGAGCUCAACGUCAGGUUAUCAGACUCGGUGCGAGAAGGGGAACGACUGAAGGGCCAACUUGAAGAAAAAGAUCAAGAGAUUUUGGUGCUAAUGAGGAGGCUAGAGGAGCAGAAGGGUAAUGAUGAGACUGACAUGCAGGUGCUGAGAUCUCACACAGAGAUGCUGUGUGACACCCUACGAGACAUUGCUCAGACGGUUUGUAUAGAUGGAGAGGCGUCAUCUGAAGCAGACCAGGACAACUCUGGUUCUGCACUGCUAGCAUUGAUCUGCAGCUCCUCCCCCUGUGGCUCCCCUUCUCCUCGGCGGUCCUCCUCCCCUUCUCGGCCCUCCUCCUCGAUGGCCCCUGUCUCUGAUGCUGCCCUGUGUGCUCUGCGCUCUGCAGUCACAAAUAAGACUCUCCAGCUGCAGGAUGUUCGGGGGCGUCUUCUCUCCACCCAGUCAUCACUUCAGCAGUUGCGAAAGCAGCAUUCAGAAACGGAGGUGGCCAAAAGAGAUGCAGAGCAGCGAAACCAAGCUCUGCAGAGAGAGAGGGACACUGCUUUGAGGGAGAGGGAGACCGCACAGAGAGAAAAGGAGCGCCUCAGGCAGGAGAGAGAUGCACUGGCCAGUGAGAGGGCAAGCUUGGAGAAGACAGUGCAGGCAGCACAGAGCAGCAGUCAGAUGCUACAGUUGGACUGUGAGAAGCUUCAGCUGGCCGUGGCGUCCACACAGCGAGAGCGAGAUCAUGAGAGGGAGCAGAAGGAAGCGGCCAUUCAAGAGAGAGACCGGGCCAAGGCUGAGACUCAGAGGAUACAGAAGCUGUGGGACCAGAGCGAGAGUCGAGCAUCUGCGCAGCGUGGGGAACUGUCUGUAGUGAGAGAGACUCACCAGCAGGGAGAAGUGGAGAGGCAGCUGCUGGAGGGGGAGAAAGCCCAUCUUUCUGAAGUUCUAACUCGGGUUGAGAGCCGUAAUGCAGAACUCUCCCUCCAGCUAAACAAGCUGCUGUCUGAGGAUGCAGCUCUCAGAGACUCUCUAGCGAAGAUGGGAAGUCUAAAUGAAGGCCUGGUUCAGGACAAAGCUGACCUUAACACCUACAUCCUUCAGCUGGAAGAAGAGAAGGCCCUCCUUCAGAUCCAGAGACGGGAGGCCGAGCAGGAGAAGCUAACCAUCAGAGAUGAGCUGGUGCGGCUGGAGCAGGAACGGAUGGAGCUGGAUUCUGCUCGCAUUUCUCUGCACAGCUCACUGCAGGACUCUGAGCAGAGAAGGACCAGGAUUGAAGAAGAGAUGCAGAGUCUCAGGACUGACAGACUGAAACUGCAGGAGCAGGUCACACAGCUUUGUGCUGAGGUGACUGCUCUGGGAGCAGAGUUAAGUUUUGCCCGAGGAGAGGGCCAGCGGAGCGAGGUGGCCUUAGAAGAAGCUGGCCGCAGUCGUUCAGAGCUGGCCCGUGACAAAGCAGCUCUGGUGGUCCAGCUGACGGCGUCGGAGCGAGACAAUACCGUACUGUCAGAGGAACUGGCUGCUUUCAGAUCAGAGCGAGAGUCCCUUGAGACCAGUCUCUUUGAGGUGCAGCAGCAGCUUGUGCAGGUGGAGUCUCGUAGAGAGCAGUUGGAAGCCGAGAACCAAAACCUUCGAGUACGCUGUGAGACUAUAGCAGUUGAACUGCGGCGAGUUCGUUCAGAUGAGGAGAAUCUUUUGGCUCAGGCUGAGAGGGAGAAACAGGCUUUGACUCAAGCUCUAAACACUGCACAGCUGGAGGCCCAGCAGGCUUUACGCAAGGCCAUCUCCGAACAUCAGGAGGAGGUGGAGCGGCUGGUCUCAGAAAAGGACAUCAUACAGCACAGCCUGCUAUUGGAGCAUGAGGGGACAGUGAGGAAGCUGAGGCAGGAGGCAGACGAUCAGCUCCGCAGAGCAGAGAGAGAACGAGAAGAGCUGCAAGAUGAAUUGAGGAGCCUCCAGCAUGACAGAGAUCACAGUCUGCUGCAGGCAGAGACAGAGAAACAACAGGCGCUCUCUCUGAAGGAGGCAGAGAAGGCAGCGUUGUGUGAUAGAGUAUCCUCCCUGCAGGCUGAGCUGUCAGCUGCAGCUCUGGAGGUCGAGCGGAUGACCAGAGAAGCAGCACAUUUCAAAGAGCAAGAGCAGAUCAGAGCUGAUGCUCAGACCAGCGAGCUGCAGGAGCUUCGCUCUCAGCUGGAGGAUGCAGCGUCUCUUCAUGAGAGGGAACUUCAGAGUCUACGGGAGAAGUGCAGCGAUCUUCAGUCACAUUCUGAUGUCACUCUCAAAGAGCUGGACCAAUGCAGAGCUUCUCUCUCCGCUAAUGAGGACAGCCGAGACCAGCUGAGGAGGGAGGUGUCGGACAUCGAGCGACGUCUGAGCCAAAGUCAGGAAGCAGCUGACAAGUACAGGAGAGAGGGGAUGGACCUUCGUCGCAGCCUGGACGACGUCACUAGAGAGAGAGACGCUUUCAGCCAAUCAAACAGCCAGCUGAGAGACAGUCUGAGAGGUGCAGAGUCAGAGAGGAUCAGUCUGAAACGACAGUGCGAGGAAAAGGAGCAGAGACUCACUGUGCUGGAGGAGAACUUCUCAUCUGUUCAGAAAGAGGCGAUGGAGUUGCGGAGCUGCCUGAGAGAGGUCGAAAAGUCACGACUGGAAGCUCGAAGAGAACUCCAGGAGCUCCGCAGACAGCUGAAGGUUCUGGAUGGAGAGAAGGAGCAGAGAGCUUUGGAGGUAGCAGAACUACAGGCUCGCCUGACCCUGGAGGAGCAAAGAGAGGAGGAGAGAGGGAAAGACAUCAUCAGUCUUAAACAGAAGUUAACUGAAGCUGAAACAGCUCGAGAUUCCCUCAAGAGAGAGCUUGCUAUGUCAGUGAAGCGGCUAGAGGAGUCUGAGACAGGCUGGCGGGAGUGCGAGAGAGAACUGAGCGCUCAGCUGCAGGAGGCGCGUGGCUGCGAGAAGAAGCUGCAGGAUGAGGCAAAGAAUCUGGCCCUGCGCACUCAAGCUGCUCAAGAUGCUGCUGCUCAGUCCAGCCUGCAGCUGAGUGAGGCUCAAGGCCGCUUAGCCGCCACGGAGGCCGAGCUGACCCGAGCCGAGGCCGGAAGGAGGGACCUGGAGUUUCGGCUGAGCAGUAUUCAGUCUGCGCUGACGCGGACACUUGGCAUCGGAGCAGGGGGGAGAGGAGGCCGGGGGAGGAGCCCAGGGGGGAGCUGCACAUCACCAGCCACUAUUUCACGCCACCAUAGCAUCUCACCCCUGCGCUCCUCACUGUCACCCCCUAAAGAAUUAAGAAUGAGCACCCCUGACAUCACUUUAAGCUCAGAGGUCAUGUCACCUGACAGAGGGAACACACCACUGCCUCUUCCCCAGCCAGAGCUGGACCCUGACACCCUGCGGAGUGACCUCAGAGACUUCCUGCAGGAGCUGCGUGAGGCACAGAGGGAGCGGGAUGAUGUUCGGAGGCAACUGGGGGUCGUGCAGAGGGAGCUGGAGGAGCUAACAGGGGAGCGAGACUCUGCUCAGAGUCGUCUCGCUCAGCUUCAAAACACCUUACAGGAAAACCAAGAGGGGAAACGUGGGCUGGAUGAGCGUCUGACCACCACUCAGAUUCUGCUACAGCAGCAAGAGGAGGCAGUGAGGAGAGGAGAUCGGGAGAGGAGGACUCUCACUGACAGGGUCAAGGAUUUAGAGCGAGCGCUGCAGACCGCUGAGAUGGAUAAAAAACACACACAGGAGCAGUUAAAUAAACAGCGUGCUGCUGAGAUGCGUCUGGAGGCGGAGAGGAAACGCCUGCGGGAGGCGCUGGAGGCAGCUGAAGCCCGGGCCACCAGAGUGGAGCUGGGGAGGCGCAGUCUGGAGGGGGAGCUGCAGAGACUCAAACUGAGUCUGGGAGACCGGGAGGCUGAGAGCCAAAGCUCCCAGGAGCGCUGUGAGACUCUGUUGAAAAAGGUGGCAGAAGGAGAAGGCCGUGUGUCCCUGCUACAAAGAGAGGUGGAGAGGCUGAGCCAGGCUCUGCUCAAAGCUCAGGAAGGUGAAAACUUUCUCAAAGAGAAGACCUCCUCCCUAAAAAAGAGCCUCCAGGAGGCAGCGGCUGCUCACAGUGGCACACAGAGCCGCCUGGUUGCACUGCAGAAGACGCUGAGUGUGGCUGAACAGGACAAAAGACUUUUACAGGAAAAAAUGGAUGAAACCCGAGUAUCCUUGGUUGAGGGGAAGAGAAACAUAUCCAUCCUGAGUGAGCAAGUGCAAAGCUUGCAGAGUGAACUGAGCCAGAGUGAGCAGAGACGAGAGGAACUGGAGGCAGAGCUCAAAGACAGUCAAGAGGCUCUGCGUCAGCGAUCAGCAAGUCUAGCUGAGGCUCAGCGCAGCGCUCAGGCAGCUCAGACAGAGCGGGCCGCUGUCGAAGAGCGGCUACGUGGGCUGCAGCGGGCUGUCGCCAUGCUGGAGACAGAGAAGAAAGAUGCUGAGAGACAGGCUGUGAGACUGGAGAAAGACAAGGAUGCUCUGAGGAAUACACUGGAUAAGGUUGAACGUCAGAAGCUGAAGACUGAAGAGGGCAGCAUGCGGCUGUCUGCAGAAAAAAGCCGCCUAGAUCGCUCUUUGAAUACCACAGAGCAGGAGCUACAGGAAGCACAGCAGCAGAUACUCAUGCUGCAGACUCAGCUGGCUGAGAUGGAGCAGUCACACAGUCUGUGUGAGAGUUUGGCAAGGCAGCGUGACGAGGCCCUGCGGGAGUCAGACAGACUGAGGAGCAGCUACAGGGACGUGGAGCGAACACUAGGCACCAGAGAGCGUGCUCACCGACACAGAGUCAAAGGCCUGGAGGAGCAGGUGUCCACUCUGAAGGAGCAGCUGCAACAAGAGAUGAAACGGAGGCAACCGUCUCUUUCAUCCUCCGUGUUGUCACCAGGAAACUGAGAAGCAACUUACAACCAGAAGCACCAGCACUAAAUGCACGUCUAAUCCAGGGAGAAGACACGACUGAAUGUCUGAAAGCAUUAUUUACAUGUAGAAACAUUCCUAACAGUUUUCAAACUCUAACCCAGCUGUUUAAAAUGUGAGUUGUUGUUCUGAAUUGAAACCCAGACUUUCAUUUCCACGGUUGUCCUAUUGAUGUUUUGUACAAUUAAGAAGACUUCACUUGGCACACCGAUGACAAUAAGCAGAUGGAUGUGACCCAGGAGCUGCGUGGAAAACACCAGCAGUCGGCUGAUUUCUGCCAGCCAGCUGUACUCAACAUCUUCCCAGACUUCCUGCUUGUACUUGAUACAGUAAAAACCCAAAUCACUGUAGGAUUCCCCUGCUAAGAUGAUCUGGAUGCAACACAGGAACAAAAAUCGGCCAAGUGGUGCAGGUUGGCCUUGGAUCUUAUGCUAACAUUUGAGGACACUAGAAGGAAGGUUUUCACUUUGUGGGAAUGCCAGGAAAACUACACCGAACAAAAUGAAGGUGCUCCACUGCAGAUUCUGCAGAGUAUCUGAUUUAUUAGCACUGCAGUAUGGUGGUACACAUAUUGUAUGUUUUUAAAUAGUUAUUAUUAGUUUUACUAAGUGUUUAUACUUUUUACUUACAAACUGACAGACUGAAGAGGAAGGACAGCAAUAUAACUUGUAUGGACAACCCAUAUGGAGGCCACAUGUCUGCAAGAGAAUAAACUCACUGUGUGCACCAUGAAUCACAUCUUUGAUGAACAGCUUUCACC